GACGUUUAAAAUGCCGAACCCUCGGGUCUGAGGCACAUUUUUUCCAGGGGGGAAAGGGAAAGGAAGGCUCAGCUGUUUGUUCUGCGUUUAAAUACGCCAUCCCAAAACAGUUCAAAUGCAUUUUUGCAAUUCCUCCAUCCGGCCCCCUCCGAACGGGAAGAUUCAAACCAGAUCCCUGCCCCAGCCCUUCCAGGACGGCUCCCGGCCAUUCCCGCCGGGAGAAGCCGCAGCCCUGGCAUGGGGAUCACGAGGCAUUCACCUUCCUUAGAAAAAGGCGAUUUGGAGAAGCCAAGCCAAGCCCAGCUGUGCUCUGCCAGAGGUGCUGGAAAGGCAGCUCAGUGCCAUUCCUGGGACACCCUCUGGCACUUGGAACAGCUCUGGAGUGGGUUCACCCCAAUUGUCCCCGUAUCUGGAGCCCCCAAGGAGACAAACUGCAACCAACAACAAAUCCCACCAAAACCAAACACCAGCAGAGCCCCCACCACGGCUUCAGUCCCAGUAUUCCGGCGCUUCCCUGGUUUUCCAUCCCCGGUUUCUGCCCAUCUCCCCCCAGCAGAGGGAUGAUGCUGCUGGGAAGCAGCUGGAAUCUCCUGCCUGCCCCCAGCUCCAUCCUGGGGCACGGCCAGGGCUGGGACCCCCCACGUCACACCCGGAGCCCGGAGGGACAGGCAGGACAGGCUCCAUCUGCCGCCCCACCCCAGGCACGGGGACACCCAGGGAGGAUCCCAGAACCCUCAGCUCAUCCAUCCCAGGCACGGGGACACCCAGCGAGGAUCCCAGAACCCUCCCAGCACCCUCAGUUCAUCCACCCCAGGCACAGGGAUACCCAGCGAGGAUCCCAGAACCCUCAGCUCAUCCACCCCAGGCACAGGGACACCCAGGGAGGAUCCCAGAACCCUCAGCUCAUCCACCCCAGGCACAGGGACAUCCAGGGAGGAUCCCAGAACCCUCAGCUCAUCCACCCCAGGCACGGGGACACCCAGCGAGGAUCCCAGAACCCUCCCAGCACCCUCGGCUCAUCCAUCCCGAGGCCACCAGCACAUUCCUGGCCCUUUCCCAGGCUCCACACACUCCACACACGCACCCACCACCCACCCAUGGCAAGGGACCCCCAUCCCUCCCCACGGGGCACAGACUGGGAGCAGCUGGGUCCUGCUCCGGGUACCCUGUGCUCCAGGGAUCGGGACACAGCAUCCCAAUGUCCCACCCCGCUCCAGGGACAAGCCCAACUCCCGGCUGGCUCCAUGGCCAGGGCAGGGAGAGGUGACACAGCCCAAAGGCCCGGGGGGUCCCCAGCAGCCCCCCCACACCCCCACACGUGCACCGGGCUGGGAUUCCCAUCAGCCAGGACCUGCCCCCGCCGCCUCCCAACCCAAGACAAAGGAGCAGAGCGAGGACGGGGGACGGAGAGGAGGAGGAUGGAUGGGCAGAGCGCAUCCCCAGGGAGGCGGGAGGUGGAGGCAGGAGACGGAGGCAGGAGGUGGAGGCUGCCCACCAGCAUCCAUCCAUCCCCGCGGGGCGGGGAGGGGGGAAGGGGAACAACAUCCCACUGCGGCUCCCGGGCCGCGUCCAUCCCGCAGCUCCACGUCACCUGACUUCAAACGCAUCCGGGGGGAGAGACGAUUUCCAUGCGAACACGCAUCAGGAAAUCUGGGAGGAAUGCGCUCCCCCCCCUCCCCGCCCAGCCCCUUCCCCUCCCGCUCCUCAGGCUCUGGCAGCUCCGCCGCCUUCAGAUGAAAUCCAUUAAAAAAAAAAAAGGGGGGGGGGGGAAGGAAAGAUUUGCAUUUUAAACCAAAUUCAGGAGCCGGGAGCUCCGUGCCGGAGCGAUCCCCCGCGUCCCCUCCCGCCUCCAGCCCCACCGAGAGCCCGCAGCAGAACGAGCUGAAAAAUGGCAGGAGAUGGAACCAGAUGAAAUGAAGCCCCGGCACUGCCAGAACUGGGGAUAAUAAUAAUAAAAAAGGAGCUGGAUCAUCCAGACCGUGGUGGGGAGGGGCAGGAGGGGCAGCUCCAACCCCACAGCUGAGGGCGAUUCGAGGGAGAA